GUUAGAACAAGAUUUCAGAAAACUGGAAAAGAAAAUGUAAACUGCAAGAGAAAAUGAUUUCCACUCAUAAUUAGAGAUGUGGUGACAUUCUACUUAGAGGUAAUGGCAUCAAGUAAACCUAUACCAUGUGGACCUUGUGAAGAAGGAAAGGUUUAUACUAAAGCUGACAUCUGGUGUAACAACUGUGAUGAAGGCUUAUGUUCAACAUGUUUAAGUCAUCACAAAAAAUGCAAAGGAACACGUGAUCAUAAAACUAUUGAUAUCAAUUAUAAACCAUUACUCCAAGCCAUCAAAACAGAAUGUGACAAACACGACAAGCAACUUCACCUGUACUGUCCCAGCCAUUUAAUACCUUGCUGCGAUGAAUGUAUUUCAAGGAGUCAUUCAAAAUGUACAGGAAUAAAAAGUUUAACUAGUGUGGUGGAGAAAACGAAUGUAGAAAAAUCUAAAGAAUCUGUAGAAAGAGAUAUCAAAUUCAUCUCACGUCUCUUUGAAAAAAAUCUAAAUAAAAAGUUAAGCAACAUCAAAACAGGGGAACAACAAUGUGAAAGCAUAAAAGAGUCAAUCUUUAAAGUUAGGGAGAACAUAAAUAAACAUUUAGACCGUCUUGAGAAAAAAAUAUGGCAAGAAGCAGACGGACUAUUGGAUUAUGAAAAAUCAACAGCCACAUCUUUCGUUACUGAAAUUGAGGAGGAAAAUACAAACUUACAGACAAUGGAAGACCAUUUACAAAGUGUCACAACCCACACAUCGAAACUCCAAUCAUUUCUAGGAGUACAUCAGAUUCAACAACAAUUACAUGCAUAUCAACGAUAUGCGGAAGAUAUUGAAAAUGAUGACAGAGCCAACAAGUUUGACAUCAAAAUGAAACAAAAUGAUGUUAUAGAAAACAUACAAAGUCAGUUAGAAUCACUAGAAUCCCUUGGAGAAGUAGCAGUUGUUCAAACAGAAACAUCGUUGAAUAGGGAAACAAAUGUGAGAAGGUAUCCACAAGUAGAAUCACAGGAACAACCCAACAUAAACAACAUCACGAUGAAUAUUAAGACAUCCACGGAUAUAAAUAUGAAGAUGAAUAUCAGUGAUAUGAUUUGUCUGAUGGAUGGAAGAGUAUUAGUAGCAGAACUAUAUGGUAACGUUAACCUUUUUACUUCUGGCGGUAAACUACAAAAACAGUUACCAAUAUAUGGUGGAGCAUACAGUGUUAUACAGAUCAAUCAUACAGUCAUUGCCAUAACGUAUCCUCUUGAGAAAGCCAUAAAGAUCUUCAAUAUGGAGAAUGAAACAGUUAUCCGAUGUAUCCCAUUAGACAAAAAAUGCUAUGGUUUAUCAUUCUACAACAAUUCUCUAGCUGUAGGUUUGUCACUGUACAAAAGAGGGACGAAAAGUACAAGAGGGACAUCCAAUAAUUCCUUGGUUGAAGGUGUGAAUGAUAAUGAAAUCCGUAUAAUAGACUUUGAAGAAAAUACACAGAAGUCACUAAAAGUGCAGAGCACCUCACCACUGUGGCACCUUGUUUACUGUUACAACAGAGUUAUCUAUAGUGACUAUAAAGGUAAUGCAGUAAAUUGUGUGGAUGGAUCAGGUAAACAGAUCUGGCAAUAUACACAGGAUUUAUCAGGGCCAAGAGGACUUUCUACAGAUACUUGUGGUAACAUUAUUGUAGCAGAUUAUUACUCUAAUAGAAUAAUACUUAUAUCUAAAGAUGGAAAGGGUAGCAAAGUACUGACCAAUCCAGAGGAUGGAAUAGAGAAACCUCGUUGUAUUUAUUUUAAACACAAUGAAUCGUUAGUGUUUUCAUGUGAUUGUCGUGGAAAAUACUUGGCAAAAUUUGGUUUAUCUUCUGAAUAGUAUAUACACUUAGAAGUCAAAUGAUAUAGCCUGAGUUUGAUACAUGUACUGCUACCUAUUAUAAUUAUUUAUACAUGUAUUCAAUAACAUUCAAAGAGAAUCAUUAAAUUAAUUUCAAUCUGUACAAGUAAGUUUGGACUUUAUUAUUUUAUCAAAUCUCUGUAUAAUAGGAAACAUUCAAAUUUAAGUUUGAGUAUAUUUAGUAAAAGUCUUAUUAGAAAAUUAUAAUCCCUCGUGUACAUUUGUUCUUUAACUUCCUUUGAAUCGUCAGAAAACGAUAUUAGAAAUUUGCAAGGAGAUGAUUUAUAAGAAAGAGACAAUUCUUAUCUUUGAUUCUAAAAUGGUUUCAUAUGAAGAACACAUAAUUAAAGGUAUUUCAACUACAAGUAAAUAUAAUUCUUUCAAAUAUGGAAAAUUGUAUGUAUAAUACUAACAAAAACUUACAGCUGUACAGAUUUCAAUAAAGUAUGAUAAAUUAUAAAA